AUGGUUGAAGUUGAUGGUCUGCAUGGACUUGCUGGUGCUGGUUCAAAGAUAGAUGAACGAGGAAAAAGCCAGCUUUUGAAAAAUCCCGCCCCUGAGAAAUCAUCAAUGGCCGGAAAGAAAAUUCCCAAGGAUGGUGCUGCCGUUGCCGGGGACAAGAAGAAGAAGAGGUUUCAUAACGAUAUUUUUGAGAAGCUUGCUCAAGAAUCUUCUAGAUUGUCUAGGUACAACAAAAAGCCUACAAUUACUGUUGUGAAACUUGUGCUUCUUGGAUUUGUUGAUGUAAAGAAGAAAGAUGGGUUAGCUGUUGGUAUGAUAUUUUGCAGUUCUGCAUUUACAACGAUUUUCCCUUGUGUUAAUCGUGAAGUGUGA